AUGAAGAGUGCCAUCAAGAAGUGCAUAGGAAACCGAAGGAAACUAGCUGUUGCUGUUGCUGUUGCUGUUGCUAUUGCUGUUGCAGUUGCUGUUGCUGUCGCUGCUGUUGCUGCCGAUGCCGUCACAAUUGCCGUUGACGUCGCUGGUACGCCGAUGAAUCCAAAGACAUCCGGAUUACACAGUGUUAAGUUGGAACUGUGCCAAAGAAGAGCAACCACUCUCAACCGCUUCACUGAAAGCAGCUCCAAAUCUGAGUCGCAGCAGCCUUGCCGGCCUCUGAUUUGCUUUACCGAAUGUUGGUGGUACCAAUAA